AUGGACCCUCGGGCGAUGUCCGCCGAAGAGCUCCGGGCCGAGAUCGAGGCAACUCGGCGCAGGGCGGAGGCCGAGGAGGCGAGGCUUCGAGAGCUACAGGCCGAGAUUGAUCAGGCCCGGGAGCGUCAGAGGCUCCGGGACGAGUUGCGUCACAUGCAACGCAGGCUGGAACACGCAGAGGAUCGCAAUGAAUCCGCGAUCCAGUUCCGAGGCCGCAUAGACAAUGAUGAAGUGACAUCUCACCCUCCUCCGUCCAUACCGGCCCACAGAAAGCAACCUGUGAUGCAUGCAAGUGGUGGCGAGAGCGCCAAGUUCGACGACAUGGUGGCUAAGGGCGAGUAUGUGUGGAGAAUCGAGGGCUUUUCCUGGGUGCCAUGUGCGCUCGAGCAGAACGUGCUUUCUUGUGAGUAUGAGGAUCCUCCUUGUGCGUGUGCGCACUCGCAGUUUCAGCUUGGCAACCAGAACAUCCACUUUAUCUACAGCCCAUGGGCAGACCAGCUUUGUCAGCAGCAUCAUGGGUCGCUCGCCAUAGUGCUGAACACGCAGGAAUAUGUUGCUCUUCGGUAUCGCAUCUAUGUUAAGGCACGGAGCGGACAGUUUGUGCAGUGGGGCGAGACGCGUGAUGUCGUCCACCGUGGCGACUGUAGUGCCUUUGGCCCCGACGUGCAUUGGCCGGGUCAUCCUCCUGCUUCACUGGGCAUCUUCGGGCUGAGCCAUGAGGAGCUGCUGCGGUCCGAGUGGGUGCAGGACGACACCCUGACCGUGAAGUUCGAGCUCCAAGUUCGUCCUGACCAAUGCGAAACGAGGCAGCGCUGGAGCCUUGCCACAGAGGUUCCUGAGCCUACCAUCCUCAAGGACACACGGGCGCUCCUCGAGCAGGGCACAGGCAGCGAUGUCAGGUUCAUGGUGCAGGACGAGGUGAUCCAAGCACACUCCCAGAUUCUGUGUGCGCGAUCCGAGGUUUUCAGGAAGCAGCUGACGGCAGGCAUGCAGGAGAGCCUGUCGAGAGUCAUCGUGAUCGAGGACUGCGAUGUGGGCACCUUCAAGACGUUUCUGCAGUUCCUCUACACCGACCGCUUUCCAGAGGUCAAGGAUUUCGUUGCGGCGGCGACCUCAAGCAACGACGAGGCAGAGCACGGCAGCCCCAAGGUGUCGGGGGUUCAAGCCCUUUUGGGUAUAAGCCACAAGUACCAGGUCACGCGGCUUCAGCUGUGGUGUGAAGCGAUGCUUUCGGAUGAAAUCAGCAUCGAGCAGGUCUGUGGCAUUCUCUACCAGGCACAUCUCUUGCAGGCGAAGCAGCUGGAGAAGGCAUGUCUCUCCUUCAUCAAAGACCAUGCCAGCCAGGUGCUCACACUACCGGCCUACGGUGAUUUGGUCAAGAAGUGGCCCCAGAUCAGCCUGAAGGUGCACCUCUACACGGCGGGCGUGUCGGAAGCAGAGGCGCUGGCUGCGAUAGAUGCCCUGGAAAAGCCGCCAGAGCAGCAAUCGGUGCAGGCGACUGAGUGA